GUUACAUCGCCUCUACGCCUUUUCCACCCUCACUUGGCGAUCAAUUCCAGCGCUUCUCCGUCGUCAUUCCCCCCGGGAGCUGGGUCGCCACACCCAAAUACCACCGAUUUAAAACUCCCUCCCCCCUCCUCCUUCCUAGCACCACACAUUGUUCUCACCCGACCGGCUCGACCCCCACCUAAACAAUGGCCGCCGACAAAUCCAGUGCGGUCAGUUCCUCCGGAAUCACAACCAACGAAGCCACCGGCGAACGCUUCAUCCCGUCGUCCCUCCGCGCGGACGGCUCCAAACGACGAGAGAUCCGUGUCCGACCGGGCUACCGGCCUCCUGAGGAUGUGGAGUUGUACAAGACACGUGCGGCGGAGGCGUGGAAGAAUCGCGGCAAAGGUGGGGUGCCGGGCGCUGAGGUCGUGAAGGAGGCAGACGAACCCAAGGCCGGCAGUGCGAGCAGCAACAAGAAUGCAAAGCGACGUGAGGCGAAAAAGAAGGCCAAGGCCACCCAGGACGGCACCGACGGUGGCAAGGACCUGAGCCAAAUCGACAACUGGCGCGCCGCUGCCCCGGAACAGGCGAAGAAGCAGCCCAACGGAGCGGAGAAGACCACCGCGCAACCCGAGCAGGCAGUCGACCAGGAAGCCGAGAACGAGAAGAAGGCCCGCAAUCUCAAGAAGAAGCUCAGACAGGCUCGCGAUCUCCGUGACAAGAAGAACCAGGGAGAGGCCCUCUUGCCCGAACAGCUGGAGAAAGUUAUCAAGAUCCAGGAACUGAUCCGCCAGCUGGACUCACUGGGAUUCGAUUCCAACGGUGAUAAGAAGGACGCCGCCGGAGAGAAGGAGUAAGGGUGACUAGCAGCCUUGAGAAGUGCCCAAGCUUCUUAUGCCGAUCAAGAACAAUAUCCGACUUUGCGA